CAGCCAUGAUGGGGGGGCUGGAGUGGGGCCAGUCCUGGGAGCCGGACCAAGCCCUGGGCAGCGGGGCGGCCAAGAGUGCAUGUUCAAAAGCUGUACAGACAAGCUUUAAAAGUAGAAGAUGGCUGACCUGUCCAGAUAGUUUUGACUCCUCAGAUGAUCCAGUUUCGUCCUUGGCAGUCAAUUCACCAUCAAAAUGUUCCCCCAGUGCGAGGAAACAUUACAGGAAAUCCCAUUAUGGCUUGUACACUCAUCUGAAUCGCCUUCAAGGUGGGUUGGAUGCCUUCUCUGAAAUAAGCCCCUUGGUGACAGAAGAAGAGUCGAUCGAGGAUGAUCAGAGAGUCAGUCUAAUUCAGAAUAUAGUCACACGCGCCGAAACAGAUGUCACCUUGCCAUCUAGCUUGGCUGGCAACCCCGUGACCCGUGGCGAAUAUUAUGGAGACACAGGUGAAUCCCCACCGAAGCACGCCUGCCAGCCGGCCCCUAAAAUAGCAACCAAGACGAGCUUAUUGCCAUCAUACAUCAAUCAGAUUUAUGAUGAAUUAUUGCUGAUACAUCAGAAGCUGCAGCACGAAACAGCAGCCCAGCAAGAGUAUGCACUCCAGCUUCAAAAGAAAGAAGAAUUUUUAAUGGAAAAGGAGGAGACGCUACUUCAACACGAAGCCGCCCUGACUGAAAUCCAAGGUGUUGAAGAGGAAAUUCAUGCUAAAUUUCAAAUUUUAAAGGAGGAACACAGUGCGGAGGUGAAACACCUGUCGGAAGCCCUUAAGGAGAAGAUUAAGGAAAAUAAAAGGCUCAAGUCUUCUUUUGACACCUUGAAAGAAAUGAACGAUUCCUUGAAAAAACAGCUGAAUGAGGCAAGUGAAGAGAACAAGAAAAUGGAAGUCCAGGCCAAAAGAGUUCAAGCAAGAUUAGAAAACUUACAGAGGAAGUACGAGUUUUUGACCGUCCAGAAGUCCAAAGAUGUUCCCCAGGCGGUCCCCGCGAUGAAAGCGGUGAAGCAAGAAAAAGCCCCCACUUCAAGAACUUGUAAGGUGCCAUUUAAUACCCAACUUUAUGAGCUUUUAGCAGCUCUUAUGGACUGGAUCUCCGAGCAUCAGCUUAGCCAACUCAGACAAGAAGAAAGAAAAGGAGACGGCCAGAAGCCCCUCUGCGUCCUUUCCUCCCACAAAAACUACAUCCACGAGAAGUGUGCCAAGCUUUUGCCAGUGAUCGCAGAGCAGCUGCAGUGGAUGCCGUUUGUGAACCCCAAGCUGCAUGAACCGGUUGUGAAAUUUAUUUACUGGGCUGUGAGGCAGUUAGAUAGUGGAACACAGCACACAACUCUGACCUCUACUCUGAGGAGACUCGGCGAAGACCUGUUCAGAGGAGUAGUAACCAGAGGAGCUCCCAGUCCCACAGAGCCAUCGCCCGAGGGGAAACCGAGGGCAGCGGCCUUUUUCAAGAGCUCCAGUUUCCCUCUGAGAUUUCUCUCCACCUUAGUCAUCCUCAAAACAGUCACUCAAGCGGAUUACCUGGCUCAGGCAUUCGACUCUCUGUGUUUGGACUUGAAGACGGAUGAAGGGAAAGCCUUAUUUUUGGAGUGUCAAGCCGUGCCACUCAUUUUAAAUCACCUGAGAAUAUCCAGUAAAGGACUGCUGUCGAAUGUCAUUGACAGUUUGCUUCAGAUGACGGUGGAGUCAAGAUCCUUGCAGCCUUUCUUAGAAGCGUGUAGCAACGAGUUAUUUUUCCGGACCUGUUCCGUGCUGCUUCGGAACCCUAGGCUUGAUAUGCAGAUAUUGGAAAAGCUCAGCAUCCUACUGCAGAAGCUCUCCAAAAUAAAGAGUAACAAGAAGCUGUUUGAACUUUUUACGAUUCACCUGCUGCUUCAGGAGAUUCAAAGGACGGCGCAUCCAGACAACGCUUUUCUCAGCAUCAACCUCAAUUCAACGCUCUUCAACCUGGGGUUGACCAAGUGCGGCUCCAUGGCCACCACCGCAGUCCGUUAGGAGGCAUUUUUUACUGCGGUUUUGCGUCCACACUCGCGAUGUAUUUUGUCUGAGGAAAAAUGAACCAGAACGACAGAGACUCCUGUCAGCGAGUGGAAGGUGUGGGGUUGUUUUUUUUUUUUUAACACUUGAACAUUUUUAACCCAGUUACCACAGCCUCGACAGGUAAAGUUCACACAGGCCUCUCAGGAAAACGCUAGUUUUGAAUUGAUUACCUUGAUUUGAAUUGUUUUGUUGAUUCGAUUGAAUUGACUUGAUCUGAAUUGUUACCUUUAGAAUAAGCUGAGGAAGAAGCAUCGGGGUGGAGGGAAUCCAUUGUCUUUUCCUGAAGCGACAACAGCUCUCUUGAGGUUGUGGUUUGGUGUGCGGCCCCUUCUCCGUGCUGAGGAAACGGAAUGACUCCCCCUCCAUUCCCGAAGAGAUUUCCCGACAGGAUCCUCCUCUACGUGCGACUCAAGACAGCUGAAAAUUUCACCCUUUCAGAACUGUUUUCCUCCAAAGAAUAACAUUUUGAGUCCUAUUCAGAAAUAGGGAUAUUUCCGUUCCCUGAGGCACAGUGGAAUUUAAAGGCUUUCUUGUACUGUUGGCUCUCAGUGCUUUACUUCAUCCUUUAGCGGUCGGGUUCUUUCAAAAUUUGAGCCUACAAAAAGAGGCACGAGCAGAUAAAUACUCUGAGAAAGUCGUAUCCAGGAGGUUGCAGCGUUUUCAGAUUCGUCGUUGCUCUUCUGCCAGCUUACUAAAAUUGGGAAUUAUUGUUAGGGGGUGCUCGAUUAGGGCUCUUUCUAAGAUUUCUUACUGAGAGUUAGCAUCAAAUUAGCAGGCUUCUGCUCUUUCAAAAUGUUCGACUUCUUGGUGGUUAAAUAUUUUUGUUGCUUUCUGAUUGGGUUUCGGACAUGUCUUAGUAGAAAGAAAUUAUACUUUCCCCCAUCAGCAGCAGCAAGAAUCGCGUUCAGCAUGGACAAAUUCUAGCCCUGUUCAUUCUUGUUAAAUCUUUCGUCUCCAUAAUAUGUGGUGUGUUUGUCUAAAAUAGUGGUCUCUGGUCACAUAUGUCUUGAAAGUGUGGGUGUGUGUGUGCACGCUGUAAAGAAUGUUUAUGGAAAUUUACAUUUUUAGAAAUUUCCCUGUCACGUCAAAAAUCUGGAGUCUGUUGGAAGCGAUUUAUCCGAUUGCCCUUGAGAAAGAGUUCCUGAAGGCAAUCAUUUGUUCCUCUUAUGGUUGGGAAAAUCACUUACGCCUAGAUAAUUGCCUAAAUCCUAAAGAGCAUCGACCUUUAAAAUCCUAAAGACCAGACCUUUAAUUUGGAAAUAGUCAUUGAACUUAGUGGAAAAAGAAAAAAAAAAAUCAGCAUACCGUUUUUGCAGAGGUUUAUCUUGCUCCCACCAUUUCCUUCAAAUUCUCAGGGUCUUUUAUAUCUUUUACAUUUGAACUGUUUUCUCCGUAAAAGUAAUCACAGGAAAGAAUGUUUGGCAAUGUCCCUGUUGCAGGAAUUAUGCUGGUGGGUUUGCGUUCCCGCACUGUGGCCCUCUAAUAGUUGUAUUUUAAAGCACUUUCUAGAGAGUUAUUCUGUUAGGCCUGCAUCCCUCUCAGAGACUGGGAAUAGAACACUGAAUAUUUAAUUUCUUUUUAAAUAGCUGUAAAGGUUUUUUUACUUUAAAACACUUGUUCUAGAGAUGGAUGAAUAAAACGCCUUUGCCUUUUACUGUUUUAAGCUUGA